UCACUGUCUCUUGCUCAUUCUGUUGGAGGAGUACCUUCCAGAGUUUCUCCUCUGUGUGUGAAGGAAUCAAUGUGAGAAGGCAGAUUAUUGCACUGUGCUGGAGAGCUUCUGAAGGGCAAUGCAACUUUCACAGCGCUCUACCCCACACUUUAUUGCUUAAUGGAAAGACCACUGUGACAGCUUUCUAUUGCCAGGAUCAGAGGGACAACACUGUGAGAUGAUUGCAGCCACCGACCCCGUUGUUUUCCUCUCUUUGCCUGUUUUGACUUGAAAAGAUCAUGACAGAAGUCUUUCUCUCAGCCCUUUUGAAUGUUACUCAGAGCACUUUGCUAGCAAGUGGCUCCUCUGCUGGGAAUGUCACAAAAUGCUCCCUGACAAAGACUGGCUUUCAGUUCUAUUACCUUCCUGCUGUGUAUAUAGUAGUUUGCAUUACAGGAUUUAUUGGUAAUAGUGUAGCAAUAUGGAUGUUCAUUUUUCACAUGAAACCAUGGAGCAGUAUUUCGGUCUACAUGUUCAAUUUGGCACUUGCGGAUUUUUUAUAUGUUCUAUCCCUCCCAGCGCUGAUAUUUUAUUAUUUCAAUAAAACAGACUGGAUCUUUGGAGAUGUCAUGUGCAAAUUGCAAAGAUUUAUUUUCCAUGUUAAUCUUUAUGGAAGCAUUUUGUUCUUGACUUGCAUCAGUGUGCACAGAUACACAGGGGUAGUGCAUCCUCUCAAGUCACUUGGGAGACUGAAGAAGAAAAAUUCCGUCUACAUCAGUGCACUUGUCUGGUUCAUUGUGAUUGCUGGUAUCUCACCUAUCUUAUUCUUCUCUGGUACUGCAACCAGGAAAAAUAAAACCAUCACAUGUUUCGAUACGUCUGCUGACGAAUACUUAAGAAGCUACUUUAUCUACAGCAUGUGCACCACUGUCUUUGGGUUCUGCAUUCCCUUUAUAUUAAUUCUGGGUUGCUAUGGAUUAAUAGUCCGAGCCUUGAUCUACAAAGAUAUGAACAAUGCCCCCCUUCGAAAGAAAUCUAUUUAUCUUGUUAUAAUUGUGCUGACUGUUUUUGCUGUUUCCUACCUUCCCUUCCAUGUGAUGAAGAAUUUAAAUUUGCGAGCUAGGCUGGACUUUCAAUCUCCAGAGAUGUGCUUCUUCAAUGAUAGGGUGUAUGCUACCUACCAAGUGACUAGGGGCCUUGCUAGCCUCAAUAGCUGUGUAGACCCCAUCCUCUACUUCUUGGCAGGAGAUACCUUUCGGCGGAGGCUGUCCAGGGCAACUAGAAAAGCAUCUAGAAGAAGCGAAGCAAACGUACAGUCUAAAAGUGAGGAGAUGACUCUGAACAUCUUAUCAGAGUAUAAGCAGAACGGGGACACGAGCUUGUGAAGACAAAAAAGAUACCUGGAUUACCGAAGACACUCAGCAUAAUGGAAUGUGUCUCGUCUGAUUCUGGAUGCUCCUCGUAAUGAUGUUACGGGUAAAAGUCAAUUGAAAUACAGAAGCAAGCAGACAAGAGAUACUUGUUCUAGAGAAGGCUGAAAGUUCUAUGGCAUAGUUGUAGACGUGCAUUUCCAGAAGCAUCUUGUGGAACGAAAAAAGUUGUUUGUUUUCCGUACAUUUUCUUUACCCCAAAAAGCUAAAUAACGGUAUCUUUAUUUUUACAUAUAUUCCAGAAUUUACUGUGAAUACGAUUUAACUACUGCUACUAAUGGUGAAGGAAUGUAUCUGAAAAAGCUGUAAUGUACUGUUCUAAAGAUAUCUUAAAGUAUUACUAAAGUAGGUGAUUU